AUGAGGACUUCAUUCUUGUCCAGCAUUGCUGGUCUUGCAGCUCUUGCAGUCUGCCAAAGCUCAACAGAUGAUUCAUCGAGCUCUUCCCUCGUUGCAACAAGUUCCUCGAGCUCUUCUCUUGUUACGUCACGUUCAUCGAGCUCUUCUCUCGUUUCCUCGAGCUCGUCGACAGUCGUUUCUUCCGCAUCCUCUUCAGUCACUGCUUUGACCGUCGCUACUGAUGCUUCGGGUCAGUACACGGCUAUCAACGCUGCUAUCUCUGCUGCUCAAAACUCUGGCAUCCCUACUGUUGUCGUAAAGGCGGGUACAUAUUCCGAGGCCAUCGCCGUCAGCGGUACCCAGACGGUGACUGUCGUCGGACCUUCCGCUAGCUCAGUUGCCCAAAAUCAGGUCAACGUCAUUGCCAGCGGCAGCAAUGGUGUCGUCAACAUCGCUACAUCUAGCACCAAGGGUGUCACUUUCAAGAACUUGAACUUGACCAAUGCUGCCACCGAUGGAACCGCCCCUGCCGUCUAUAUUAGAGGAAGCAAGCAUGGAUUCUACAACUGCGCCCUCAUUUCCGGCAGUACUGGCGUCUAUUUCUCCUCCUAUGGAACUGCUCUCAUUGCCAACUCCUACAUCGAGGGUGUGGAUAAGCUCUUUACCAACUUCCCCACUGUCUACGUCUAUGGGUCAACCAUUGUGCCUACCAACAGCAGCGCUCUGAUUGUGUAUGCUAAGGGUGUGGCUGCCGGUAUGAUGAACGCUGGCAACUCCACUGUGGUUAUCGAUUCCAGUUCAGUGGCUCAGAAAGCUGGGUUGGUCAACACCAACGUCUUCCUUGCAGCAGCCAAUGGUAACUUCACACAAGUUGUUUACCGUAACACCAACCUUGGAAACUUGGUCGCUUCUAGUGUAUUUGGCGUCUCUGGCAGCAGUAGCAUCGCGUCCAGCAGCAGUGUAUCUAGCAGCGGCCUUGUCUCUGCCAGCAGCACCCUGUCGGUUUCCAGCUCGAGCACUUGUGCCACACCUACUCCUUCGGCUACUUUGAUUGUCUCUCAGAAUGCCACGGCUUGCCAGUACGGCAACAUCUCUGCUGCCAUCGCUGCUCUUCCCAACGAUAGCAAGCCUUACACCAUUUACAUCAUGCCUGGUACCUAUAAUGAGCAGAUCAGCAUCACCAGAAACGGCAAAGUCACUCUUAUUGGUGAGACCAACUUCAAGAACGACUACAGUCAAAACCAGGUCAAAGUUCAAUUCUCGAGCGGUCGUCUCACCUCAUUGAGCCAGAACGAGCAGACUCCCGUCAUCAACUCCAAGAAGACCAAUGACAACUCUGGUCUGGCAAUGUACAACAUUGACUUCAUCAACUCGUACCCUCAAACUGCCAAUACCGCUGCUCUUGCUGCUGAUUUCUAUGGUAACAACAUGGCUGCUUAUGGAUGUUCUUUCAUUGGCUUCCAGGAUACUCUUCUGGCCAAUAAAGGUGUUCAAGUUUUCUCGAACUCGUACGUCGAGGGAUCUAUUGACUUCGUGUGGGGCUUCUCGACAGCUUAUUUCUACAAGUGUGUGAUCGCCACCAACACCAAGGGUGCAUGUAUUGCUGCUCAAGGCCGUACCGUCGGAGUGAAUUCUGCAUAUAUCUUCGACUCGUCUUACAUUACCUACACCUCCACCUAUGGCAGCACGUUUGGAGCCAGUUACCUUGGUCGUCCUUACAGCAACUACUCCACCGUUGUGUACAAGAACAGCUAUCUCGACAAGCACAUCAACGCUGCUGGUUGGCAAGUUUGGUCGACAGGUAACCCUCAAACGUCGAACGUUUUCCUCGGAGAAUAUAACAAUACUGGACCAGGAGCAUGGGUCUCAGGAACCGCUCGUGCUUCAUUUGCGACCAACAUGACCGAUGAUCAGGUUGCAGCUUACAGCCUUGCAAGCUGGGUUGGAGACACUAGCUUCAUUGAUCAGGCUGCUUGGAACUAUGAGACGUCUUGGAAAUUCCCUGCAUCAACUACUACUAGCGGUACCAGCAGCACUUCUUCUGGUGUCUCUGGUCCUACCAGCACUGCUUCUAUCAAUGCUCACCCCGACAGCGGCACCGUUCCUCCUCAGUAUGCAGUCAUUGUCUCAGCAGAUGGUCAGCACAAUGCUUCGUUCACCAAUUUGACCGCCGCUCUUGCUGCCCUGCCCAAUGACAACACCAAUCAGACCAUCUUCUUGUACGCUGGUACAUACAACGAGCAGAUCCCUUCAAUCAACCGCCCUGGUGCUGUUCGUGUUAUUGGUUACACCUCUGGCAAUCCUGGACAAAGCUACAAAGACAACUCUGUCACUGUCACUUUUGCUCGUGGUCUCUCUGUUUCUCCUCUACCCAGUGGUCACAGCGAUGCAGAAACUGCGACCCUCGCAACUGCCUCGAACAGAAUCUCCUUCUACAACAUCAACUUCAUCAACUCUGAUAACCUUGAUGGUCUGGAGGCAAGUUACGUCACAUUGGCUGCCUCUAUCUAUGGCAAUGAUAUUGGUUUCUACGGAUGCGCCUUCGAGGGUUGGCAGGACACUCUCCUGACUGGCGCAACUGCAGGCUAUCAGUACUACGAGUCUUGCUACAUCUCAGGUGCCAUUGACUUCAUUUGGGGUUACAGCAAGUCCUACUUCAAGGGAUGCACUAUUGGUGCCAAGAAGGCCAAAUCUGCCAUGACUGCUCAGAGUCGUGCUUCUGCUUCUGCUAUUGGCGGCUACAUCUUUGAUCAGACACUUUUCACUUCUGCUACAGAUGCAACAGUCGAUCUCACAGGCACUGUCUACCUGGGUCGUCCUUAUUCUGCUUACGCACUGGUUGUUGUCAAGAACUCUUAUCUUGAUGACAUUAUCAACCCAUCAGGUUGGAAGGUUUGGUCAGCCACUGACCCUCGUACUGACCACACUACAUUCGCUGAAUUCGCCAAUGUUGGUCCUGGCGCUUGGCAAAACAACGUUGCAGCCCGUCAAGCCUUUGGUAAUGCCACUCUUUUGACAUCUGACACUUACUCCCUUGCAUCUGUUAUGGAUAACACAGCUUGGAUUGAUUCUACCUACUGGAACUCGAUUGUUACUCCUGAGCCUGCUGUCGUCAACACUACUGCUCCCAACAAUGUCACUGUUUCAGGAUCAAGCUCUUACAACGGUACCGUUCCCCCUACCGGUGCUAUCAUCGUUUCCAAGAACGCCAUUGAUGGUAUGACCACCUACGAUACAAUCCAAGCUGCUCUCAACGCUGCACCCACCUCGAGCAAGACAAAUGCUACCAUCUUCAUCUACCCCGGUACAUACAACGAGCAGUUGAUUGUCAACAAGAGCGGCACAACCAUCUUCAUGGGCUACUCUGACUCGACCGAUGAUUACAGCAAGAACCAGGUCACAAUUCAGCAAUCCUACGGUGAGGACACUCAAGGAACUGGAAGUGAUGUGGAUGCUGCUACGGUCUACGCCACUGGAAACUACUUCUAUGCGUACAACGUGAACUUCAGAAACAAUAACGGCACACAACAGAACAUUGCUUCUUUGGGUUUCGCAGUCAAGAGUAGCAAGUAUGCCUUCAUGCACGGUUGUCAGAUCUACGGUAAUCAGGAUACCUUGUACAUCUCUGGAAACAUGUUCACCUUCAAGACUUACAUCGAAGGUAACGUCGAUUUCAUCUUCGGUGCCGGCUCUGGCUACUUCCUCAACUCGACCAUCUCGCCCAAUGAAGACGGUGAUUCUAUCACCGCUGCUAAGCGUGCAACCAACACUACAGCGGCAGGAUUCGUCUUCGAUCAGUGCACAAUCGUACCUGCUGCUGGAUCUUCUGGGUUCAAGAAUGUCUCGCUAGGACGUCCAUGGAACAAUUUCGCCCGUGUUCUGUAUGCUGGCUGCUACCUUGAUGGAUCAGUUGGAUCUGCUGGAUGGACUCAAUGGAGCAAGUCAUCACCUCAGACUGAUGGUGUGACCUUUGCUGAGUACCACAAUUACGGACCUGGAAGCAGUACUUGCAAGCGUGCCAGUUUCUCAGAGCAGUUGUCUGAUUCUGAUGCUGCUCAGUUCCAGUUGGCCAACUUCUUCCCUACCACAUCCUGGAUUGACUUUUCCGUUGUUGAUGUCCAGCCUUUCACUGCUGGGUUUGGUUCUGCUCCUGCUGCAUGUGUCAGCUCUUCUUCCUCGUCUUCCUCCAUGCUCUCAACGGUCUCUUCCACCAGCAGCAGCUCUGUUACUCUGCCCCUCGUUACCACACAGGUCACCACCACUAUCAUCCAGAAGGCAACUACAUUCACCACACUCACUCAAGGAGACAUUACUUCGACUUCUGUAACUCAUGUCACAGAGAAUGAUGGCCUCACCGUCACUCCUCCGGCUGUUUUGAAGACUUCAAUCAUCAAGGCAACCAGCGUUCUGACUUCGACUACUACAAAGGCAGCCAAGACCGCAACUGUGAAAUCCACUUCUGUUGUCAUUGCCACCGUUACUGCCUCUGCUAAGGAUGUCACUGUUCAGCAAAUCUCGACCGUCUCGGGUGAAACCACCGUUUCUGGCAAGGAUACGACUAUCAAGAGCACUGAAACCGACUAUUUCACUGUUUCUGUCGCUGGAAAGACCUCGAGCGUCAAGGCUACUAGCACUGUCAUUGCAACUUCGACUUCUUCUCCCAAGCCGGUCACAAUCACUGAGAACCUUGGCUCUGUCGUAACUACAACCACCAAGGGAACUACUAUCACUGCUUCAUGUGUCCCCACUGCAGCUGCUGCUAGACUCUUCAGAAGAGGUCUCGAGGCUCGUGCUGCUGGAACAACCACCAUAUUUGUUAGCACUACUCUGACCUCCUACAUCAAGACUUCGGUGGUCACCAGCGCAGGAUCAACCAUCUACACCAGUGUAACGAGCACCAGCACUAUCGGUGGAACCAGCACUCUUAAGGCUGCUACUUCUACGAUCUUGAGCACUUCAUACGCAACCUCGACUGAUCUCAUCACUGAGAGUGCCGCCGCCGCAACUACCACAUCGGUCAUUCUGUCUUCUUCGGCGACUACUGUGACUGCUGCUGGCUCGACAGUGACAAAUCUUGCGUACACUACCGUUUACAGCACUGUUUCUCUGCCUGCAAGCACUUACUACAGCGUCGCAACUGUGAAAUCCACACAGACAGUUUCCGCUGAUGCCGCCACCGUGACCAGCCUCAAGCUCGUUUCCAGCACCACUGUCGUUACUGCUGCUCAAUCAACUGUGACCAUCACAAACGCUGCAGACUCGACGACUACUAUCCUGACCACACUUCCUGCAUCCACAGCAACUGUCUACAAGACCAGCUCGCUCAAGGGAAGCACAAUUAAGGUCACUGUCACUCCUGCUCCUGCCACCAAGACGACGACUGUGAAGAGCACUUCCACCGUCUUUUCAACUGUUACAAAGACUGCUAAGAACGCACCUGCUUGCACGGAUUAG